AUGUCACUUCGCCUCCGGGAGCGAAGCAACACUCGGCUGAUCAGCGCCCGGGGGUCCUCCGCGGUGAACGAUCGGUAUUUGCGCUAUGCAGAUGUUUGUGCCUUCCAUCAUUACCCUGCUUGGCAUCCUGCUAACGAACCUGGCAACAUGGAUGAAGUGAAGCAGGUUCCCUUGAUUUGGGAGGCCUUUGCUCGGGCUGUCGCGGAAACUUUCCCGGAGAAGCCGUUGCUCAUUAUCGAGGUCUCCAUCUUCAGCAACCCACAGAUCGCGGGCCUGGCCCUGCAGUUUGCCGACCUCCUGGUGGAUCCCAAAAGCGACCAGCAUCGCUCCAGAGGUCUCAACAACAAAGGCCGCAAACGCGAAGAGCGCAUCGCAUGCGUUUGA